CUCGAUAGAUUAUGAAAUAUGAUAAACACAAGGCUUGAUCAUGCCGUCGAAGCAUGUGUCAAAUAUACAUUCAUAAAAAUUCAAAGUCAGAUCGUGUCAUUUUGGGGCUACAGAGGUUUGUAACAACAACAUAAAUUAUAUACAAUUCGUACGGUAAUUCCACAGAACUAUACUAUUCUAUCUAGAAGAAGUACUGGACGAGCGAUAGUAGCCACACUAUGAGCGCCGUCUAUGCACAUUCACCAACUAAUAAUACACUGGUAGGUGUUGCACCCGAGCGCCACCACUUCUCACCUAGCAACUAAAUAAUACACAGAUGGGUAUGUGCGCCACCGUCGCUCCAGUUGACACACAACUUUGUAUACUCAAAUCAGCAGGGAAACAUACCCAUUGGGUAAUUCUUUUGACUUUACCAAUAUUGUUCAUUAGGUCUACAAUCUACGUAUUUGUAAGUGUGUCUACCACGCAUGUACCAUCUGCCAGACGGCCAAUUCUGGAUUAUUAAGACGAUGACAUUGCAAAAAAUGCAACCACACGCUACAAGAAGGUUUCAUUUCAUUUUACGAGAAAGGGCAAUAGGUCGGACGACGCGUGUGUGUGAGUCGAGCACACAAACCGUGAAAACUAGUAUUAGUAAUAGCCAGGUUUUCUAGUUUAAUAUGUGUGGUUGAUGGUGCGUAGCAUAUUUCCAUACAUGAUAGCAAGUAUCUGCACACAAGAUUUUGCAACAGUUUAUGCAAGCUGCCAUUUGUUGCGUUCAAAGAAGAAGGGUCAAUGUCAGCAAAACAUGCAGAAAUUACGAUACGUAAAUAUGGGAAAGAAAGUGUACACUACACUUUAGCAGGUGAUACAUGAAAUAGAAUCACCUCAGGCGUGUUUUCCAUCUGCUCGAAUUUCAAUUUAUUUAAUAAAGUAGCCAUACCGCUUAUUUCUACCUCACUAUGCAAAAAAACAUUCACACGACGUGGACUUUUGAACUGCAUUCCAAAAUUAUAAUGCUAAUAAAAUUAUGAAAGUGUAGCUCUCAUGGCAACGGAUACUAGACGUUUAUACCCAAAAGAGAAAGAAAGUCAUGACCCGAAAGAAAAUAUUUCUCAGAAACUCACAAACAGACAACUUCGCCCGACUCUUCAAAACUAUCUCCAAUUGGCAUUUUCCCCACAAAUUCCUGUUUCAAAAAUAGUCCCCCCUCCCUAAAAUACAUCCCAACAAUUAGUACAAUCAAUUAACCUUCAUCAUCAUGAACAAAACGGUGGAACAACGUCAACAACAACUUUCUAGUUUUUGGGAAAAUGGGCCUGGACCUGCGGGAGUGAUGCUGCCACCCACAAUUGGGAUGGUGGGUCAUGACCCUUCACGGAAGCAAAAUCCUGCCUACUCUUUGGGCUUAAAGCUACCGUCGGUCCUAAUCCGGAAAGGAAACGGACCUGGACCUAUUUAUGCCAUUCCAAAGGGGAUGACCGCCAAGGGACCGGACACGCAAGUGGCUGCAUCGCUAAAGUCUAGGACCAAAGUUAUUGAACCCUUCAACACUCAAACACCCGGGCCUGCUGAGUACCUUCCAGCAAUCAACGUGAAUCGGAGAAAGGCACCAGAGUACUCACUUGCCUGGCGAACUCCAGUCAUUGAGAGAGGAAAAUGCUCCCCCGGUCCCAUCUACCUCCUUCCACCCUGCCUUGGACCAAAUAUUCCAGAUAAGAACACUACUGGCGAAGUGACCAUCAAAGGGAAAGGAAAAACUGAUGAUGAAGUUUUCCGAUCUCCAGGACCCAUAUAUGACAUUGGAAGCCCAAAUAUUAUCAAGAACAAGGGUGGGGAGGUGAGCAUCAAGGGAAGAUGGAGGGUCUUGAAGGGUCAAAGUUGCAAUGCGGGACCGGGUUCCUACAACGUGCACGAGUCCACCCCCCGCGUCUGGCGUCAACCACCCGCCUUCAGCAUCGGAAUCCGCCACUCCCCUUUUGCCGGAGUUUUUAUGACAGAGUGUGACAAGGCUGAAUCCGCAGUCCCAAAUUUCGACGAUUGUUGAGGACAUUUGAAUAAAUUUUGUACACCCAUAACUUCCCAUAAUGUGACUUUGGACAAAAAUGUGAAAAUUAUCAGUACUCGUGUGUAAUAAAGAGACAAAAUUCCUGUACUAACCCAA